UCGCCACGGUCACUCUAGUUUUGAUUCCGCUUCGAAAGGUUGUUUCGCGGAUGCGUGGAAGCCCGCAAAGCAUAUAAACUCGGAGAAAUAAGGUUUUUGCGAGUCGAAACAAUCAAGCAACCGAAUAUUUUCCAUACUUCGAUAAUAUAAUCCCAUGUGUGUUAGUGCGUGCAAAAAACAGUUUGUAGUAACAACGAAAUACUAAAAUCAACCGAGCCCUGAAGCAACAGGAAAAGUGCAUUUCGUGAGCGGCAAAUCGACUCAUAUUCCCGUCACACCAGCUCAAUGCACAAUGCAACGCUGCAGCGAGUGCUGAAAUACAAAUCCAAAUAACCGCCUAAUAAACCUGUCAAAAAGGGACAUUUUUCGCGAGUUUAAAGUUCUGUGAAGAACGGGUGAAGGAGUUUUUGGAAUUUUCCAUCGCGUGUUGCAAGUUCCCCAGCGGGUGGCCGACAAAAAGCUGGCUGCUUUAAGAACGGGCGCACAAUGCUGCUGAAGAAGAAGCGCUAUAUGUUCGACGAGCGAGACGACGAUAAUAUUAACUCGCCCGUCGCCGUCGAGCCAAGCAGCAACAACAACAAAAUGGCCGAUACACGCGAAGUGCGCAUUGAAGAGCAAUUAAAAGUGAAAAUUGGCGAGGCAAAGAAUCUGAGCAGUCGCAAUGCGGCCAACACGAGCUGCAGCACACAGGGCACCCGCGAUGUCUACUGCACAAUUGCAUUGGACCAGGAGGAGAUCUGCCGCACACCCACCAUCGAACGCACACUAAUGCCAUUCUUCGGCGAGGAGCACCAGUUCAAGAUCCCGCGCCAAUUCCGCCACCUGUCCAUCUAUCUGUGGGAUAGGGACAUGAAGCAGGACAAGCCCAUUGGCAAGAUAGCGAUUAAGCGGGAGGAGCUACACAUGUACAAUCACAAGGAUCACUGGUUCUCACUGCGGCCAGUCGAUCAAGACUCCGAGGUCCAGGGCAUGGUUAAUGUGGAGGUGGCAUUUACGGAAGCCCAACAGACCCAGUCCCUCUCAGAGGGCAUAGAUCUGGGACAGCACACAUUGGCGCACCACCAGCACCUGCCACACCACAGCCACCAGCAGCGGGCGCAUCUGAACGAUUAUAAGGAGAACAGUGAACUGAGCAACAUCCAGCGGGCGUCAGCAGCUGCAGCGUGUUCUUCAUCGGCAGCCAUGACACUCAAGACACGAGCCGCCGGUCUAUUUGGUCACGUGCAUCAUCCUCCAUCGCAGACGCAACACUUCCCGAUCAUCAAUACCACUUCCACGUCGUCGGAUCAGCUGUCCAAUUGGAAAUCGCAUGGGCGGUUCGUUGGCGUGACCAUCAAAGUACCAGCCUGCGUGGACCUGGCCAAGAAGCAGGGCACAUGCGAUCCAUUUGUGGUCUGUACAGCCCACUAUAGCAAUAAGCACCAGGUGACGCGAAGAACUAAACAGCGCAAAAAGACCGUGGAUCCGGAGUUUGACGAGGCCAUGUACUUUGAUCUUCACAUCGAUGCGGAUGCGGGCAGCACGAAUACCACUGGCAGUAACAGGAGUACCGGUUCCCUGGAAUCCUCUGGCAACAAGGGUUAUGCUAUAUAUCCGUUGGGCGGCGCGGAUCUGGUGGAGAUUGUGGUGAGCAUUUGGCACGACGCACAUGGAGCCAUGUCCGAUAAAGUGUUUCUCGGUGAAGUGCGGCUGCCAAUGCUCAAUAAGCAGGAGCAGCAGGCGAUUUCACCAUCGGCUUGGUACUAUCUGCAACCCCGUUCCAUGACGCAUAGUUGCCGCUCGCUAAACGCCACCCCCCGCUCAUGUGCCACGCCGCCCGGAACGAGAUUAAGCGUGGACUCGACCAUUGGAUCACUGCGUUUAAAUCUUAACUACACCGCCGAUCAUGUCUUCCCGCUGGCCACAUACGAUGAUCUUAUGAAUCUGCUCCUGGAGUCGGUUGAUCAGCGACCCAUCACCGUGUCGGCUGUGUCGAUCCUAGGCGAGCUGGUCUCGGGCAAGACGGAGGUGGCCCAGCCGCUGGUGCGACUCUUCACGCACACGGAGCGCAUUGCGCCGAUCAUCAAGGCGCUGGCUGACCACGAGAUCUCCCAUCUGACGGAUCCCACCACCAUCUUCCGGGGUAACACAUUGGUCUCCAAGAUGAUGGAUGAGGCAAUGCGGUUGUCUGGACUGCCCUACCUCCAUCAGACAUUGCGUCCCGUUUUGUCGCAGAUCGUUGCCGAAAAGAAGCCAUGCGAGAUCGAUCCCAGCAAGAUUAAGGAUCGCUCUGCGGUGGACACGAAUCUGCACAACCUGCAGGACUAUGUGGAGCGGGUUUUCGAGGCAAUCACGAAGAGCGCUGAUCGCUGUCCCAAAGUUCUCUGCCAGAUCUUCCACGACCUUCGCGAGUGUGCGGGAGAGCAUUUCCCCAGCAACCGAGAAGUGCGCUACUCCGUCGUGUCCGGCUUCAUCUUCCUGCGCUUCUUUGCUCCGGCUAUCCUGGGGCCGAAGCUCUUCGAUCUGACCACCGAGCGACUGGAUGCCCAAACGAGUCGCACGCUGACUCUCAUCUCCAAGACGAUCCAAUCGCUGGGUAACCUGGUCAGCUCACGGUCGUCGCAGCAGACGUGCAAGGAGGAGUUCACAGUCGAGCUGUACAAGAAGUUCUGCACGGAGCAGCACGUGGAUGCGGUUAAGCACUUUCUCGAGGUGAUCUCGACGCCCAGUCACGCGAGCAGCAGCGUUCAUCCGGCGGCGGCGGCGGCAACGCCACUGGAACCAGUAUUACUAAAAGAGGGCGAGGGCCUGAUGACCAAGUAUCCCACAUCCCGGAAGCGCUUUGGCCGGCAGUUCAAACAGCGCCACUUCCGCCUCACCACCCACUCGCUCAGCUACGCAAAGUCGAAGGGCAAACAACCCAUCUGUGAUAUACCGCUCCAGGAGAUCGCCAGCGUGGAGCAGCUGAAGGACAAGAGCUUCAAGAUGCAGAACUGCUUUAAGAUUGUGCACAACGAUCGCUCGCUGAUUGUGCAGACAACGAACUGCGUGGAGGAGCGCGAAUGGUUCGAUUUGCUGCACAAGAUCUGUCUGAUGAACUCCAUCCGGAUGCAGUACUUCCACCCCUCGGCCUUUGUCAGUGGCUUCUACAGCUGUUGCGGCCGGUCGGAUGAGAAUUCACCGGGCUGCAAGAAGGUGUUGGAUAAGACGAUGGACUACUUCCAGAUGGACUUGGUAACGGCGCUGGAUCCAGCGCUCGAUCUGCAGCGCAUCCACACGCUGAUCAUGUCCAACAUGAGUGUGCUGGAGUCACUGCUUGAUCCGCUCACCUAUCACCAGUAUCUGUCGCAGACGCAACACCAGCAGCACAAUCCUCUAGUGCCGCUGGCUACCGAUCUGCAGAAGCAUUCACCACAGGCCUUCGCUGAGUUCAAGCGAACGAUUGAGAAGCUGCAAGAGAAGGCUUAUGCCAUCGAUAGAGAUCAUCGGGACUACAAGCAGGGCAUUACGCGGCAACUGAAGUACGGCAGCAGACAGGCUCCAAUUGGCGAUGAUAACUACUGGCACAUGCUGCGAGCCGCCGGCCAGUUGAAUCAGCAGCAUCACCAGCAGCAGCAACAUCAGCAGCAGCACCAGCUUCAGCAACUUCAGCAGUUUCAGCCCCAGCCAGUGCUGCCGCAAAUGCAGAAUGUUCGGGCGUAUCCUUAUCAGCCAGCUACGAGCAACAUGAACGCCUACUAUCUGCACAACUUGCAGCAUCAGCAGCAGAGAUUGCAGUUCCAUCAUCAGCAGCAUCAGCAGCAACAGCACCAUCAGCCGCUCCAGCAGCAGCAGUCGCAGUUCCAGCCCCUGCGCAGCCACCAACUGCAGCGCCACAACAACAACUUGAACAACAAUAACUGCGGCAAUGCAUCUUCCUCCAGUCCAUCGUCGACCACAUCAAGUGUGGUGGCUGCACCGCCCAGCACCACAUCGUCAUCGCAGCCAGCUCCACCGAUUUAUUAGCGUUCAAGGCUGUGCGUAUUCGCUUUGCCGCGGGCCAUUAUCACGACCAGGUAAAGGAGGAAUACGCAUCAACGUGGCCCCAACCAGAGGAUGCUGCUGUACAAACAGAUUUAUUGUGCUAAAUUCUAGGCUCUUUUUUUUUUGUAUAAUUUUUACGAGUUUAACGUUGUAAAGGUCUAGAUUUAAGUUUUUUAAUUAACAGUUUUUAUACACCAGAUUUUUACGGUACCGCCUACACCAGCAACUACAACAACAAAAACACGAAGAAAAAAAAAGAGGAAACGAAAUCUAAAUAUUUAUAAGCCUAUUUAUUUUUUGUAUGUGCUAACAUUAUUUAUACACGAAAACGAAAUACCCAAUAUGGAAGGAGCAUUUCUAUACUUGUGUGAGCGCAAAGAGGGCAGAGAACCAUUGAAAACUGAUAACUUUAUAAGCCUAAACUACUAAAAACUCAGAAACUGCUAAGAUUUUUUAAAGCCUAGCCUAAGUUAAGUAUCAGCACAAUGAUGAGUAGCGAAAUGAAUGGAUGUAAAUAGCAGAUACACGAGUAUAUAUAUAUCGCUCUAUAUGUACAUGUGUAUGAUUAACUUCAUUAUACCAGUUAUUUUAGGCGUAGCAAAAAUUUCUAAAUACCAACUAAACUAGGCGUGUUGCCCAGUGGCGACACACACGAAAAGCAAAUAACUCUAACGAAAUCUGAACGCGCUAUAUAUACAAGAAACGAAAACUGCGAAAAGCAACAAAAAACAACAUACAUUUACAUGUAUAUUUACUUUAUAUAACUGUCAUACAGCUAAUGUUAAACACACGAUAUGUAUUCGGCAAAUUCUAGAAUACAAACAAAAAGCAUUGUUAAGAACAAAUUUACUUCCAUUUUUGCAUAUACACACACAUUGAUACAUACAUUAAACACACACACGCACACCUA